AUGUUAUUCCUGCCAGCUCACCCAAAUUUUAUUUUUAACGUCAUGGACCACAUAUACUUCAUUUGGGCACACCAAAUAAAGCUCUCAUUUUUAGGGACUCUUCCUGUCAGCUUCCAGUUGUUGUCCUCAGACAGAGGAUGUGAGAAGAUUGGAUGCACUAUAGAUGAAUUUAUCUGCACUGACACAGAGGUUCAAGACAUAUAUCUGAUGAAAAUGUUCAGGGGAAUAAAAAGCUUUAAAUAUAGACCAGAAUUUUAUAUGAUUAGUAUUCAAAACAAGAAUUUUGGAGAAUAUUUUAGAAAUGUGGGCCUGGAGAGUGAGAGUCACGGCACACCCGUGAGCAGGGCCCCCAGAAAUGGCGUCAGCCUGAGCAGGAGAUAUCACUGUUCAUACUGCGCCUACAGUUCAUCCGUUACCACCAACUACAGGAAUCAUAUGCGUACUCACACAGGGGAAAAGCCUUACUCAUGUCCUCAUUGUCCAUACAGUGCAACCACAAGAACAACCUUGAAAAGGCAUGUGCGAACUCAUACUGGAGAGAGACCAUAUGCUUGUGCAUAUUGUUCAUACCGCUCAAACCAGAAAGGAACACUCAAAAGCCACAUACUUGCACACCAUGCAACAACUGUCAGUAUGACUAAAUGA